ACCGGGAGCGACCGGGUUCCUACAGCGGCGCCACGCACGCCACCCGCCAGCGCCUGGAAAGCCUCAAGAAGAACCGGCCGCAUAGGUGAUCUUCAGCUUUGCAAACUUGAUGAACUAGACUGCUUAAUUAAAGGAAUUUUAUACAUUGAUUCUGUGGGAUUCAAUGGACGGUCACAGUGCUAUUACUUUGAAAACCCAGCUGAUUCUGAAAAAUGUCGGAAGUUACCCUUCAAUCUGAAAAAUCCUUAUCCUCUUCUUCUGGUGAACAUCGGCUCUGGGGUUAGCAUCUUGGCAGUAUAUUCGAAAGAUAAUUAUAAACGUGUUACAGGUACCAGUCUUGGGGGAGGAACCUUUUUUGGUCUUUGCUGUCUUCUGACUGGCUGUACCACUUUUGAAGAGGCUCUUGAAAUGGCGUCUCGUGGAGAUAGUACCAAGGUGGAUAAACUCGUUCGAGACAUCUAUGGAGGGGACUAUGAGAGGUUUUCAUUGCCAGGCUGGGCUGUAGCUUCUAGUUUUGGGAACAUGAUGAGCAAGGAGAAAAGAGAGGCUGUCAGCAAAGAGGACCUGGCCAGAGCGACUUUGAUCACCAUCACCAACAACAUUGGCUCAAUAGCACGCAUGUGUGCUCUUAAUGAGAAUAUUAACCAGGUGGUAUUUGUUGGAAAUUUUUUGCGAAUUAAUACCAUUUCCAUGAGACUUCUUGCGUAUGCUUUGGAUUAUUGGUCCAAGGGGCAAUUGAAAGCACUUUUUUCAGAACAUGAGGGUUAUUUUGGAGCAGUGGGCGCUCUCCUAGAACUGUUGAAAUUACCCUGAUCUGUUGUCUGAAGUUACUACCAGAGCCUUCUACAACCACAAUGGAAUAUGCAGACUUUUUUUCCCUUAUAAAAAAAAGAGAUGUAUUCCAGUGGCUUUUAUGAUAAUAGAAUAUAACCUAAAUCAAAGUGAGAGAAAGGACAGAAGUAUUUUUUAAGUUGUGAAGAGAAAUCUUGAGUUAUGUCAAGAGAAACCUCUAAAAGAAAUGAAUAUAGAGGGGUGGACUCUGCCCAUUCAUUGAGUAUCCCCUGUUUAAAUUCAUUCAGUAAAGUCACGUUAAACCUGCUGUGUGGAAAAAUAGUGUCACUCGAUGAAGCCUCUUCAGGGAAGCUGGUCUGGCUUCAGUAGGCAGCUGUUCAGUGUCUCAUCCAGAAUGUUAAAUGUCAGUCACCUUGUCUGUAUUCUAAAAUCUAAUCACAUCUUUUGUAUAGUUGCUCUUGGGAAUCUUUUCUCUCCAUGUUAUUACUGAAGUGUUGGUUUUUCAGGCUUUUGUGUUGCUGAGAAUGUCAAGCUGUAACUAUGAUGUGUGUAUAUGUAUUUUUUUUUUUUUUUAAAGUGUUUUAUUCUGAAAAGUUCUGUGUAGUCAAUCCUUGGGUUUAAAGGUUUCUGUGCCAUUUUACUCAACUUGAAAAACUUGUUUAAAAAAGGCAAUUUGUCAGAUUACAUUAUAAUAUCUUAAUCUUGGGCUAAAGUAUUUUUUUAAAGCAUUCCUCUUAAAAAUGGCAGUGUUUCCUUCCCUUUUUUUGUGGAUUGGAUUAUUGAGACGUUUUUUCAGUCACUGGUAAUAUGUGUAUAGUAUGUAUAGUUAUAUGUGGAAGAACUAAUGGAUAAAGCAACCAGUGUCUGAUGUCGACUUAAUUUAGGUUACUCAAAAAGGCAAGCAACAAAUAAAAAUUGACAAGUUGUCAGGAGGUGGGAACUUGGGAGACUACUUCAGAAUUCAGUAUAAAAUAGACUAGAGGCUUUAUUUGAAAUUCUAACAUUCUCAGAGAAGUAUUUUUUAUAAGCUAUGGAAAAUAUAUGCUUUGCUGUUUUUGAGAGUAAUCAGAAGAAAAAUUCCUUCAGAGGCUGGCAAAGGGAAAAAUACUAAAUCUUACUUGAAUUUCAACUUUAUAUGGAGGUUUGGUGAGCCUAAAUUAGCCCAAAUGCUAGAUUUUCUGAAAUUACAGGAUCAAAAUUCGUUCUCCCCCAAAACAUAACAACUUAUUAAAGUUGUUUGACAACGACCAUUGCUGCCAUUUACUAAUUUAGAAGCAGGUAGGGCAUUUUGAUGGGUCCUUCUCAGCACAAAGUGCUAUCCUCACUUAGGUUCGUGUUUCUCUAGUCAACCUUUCCUCUCCCUCCUUGAGGAAAAUCUGUAAAGGAAAAAGUCUGGGCACUAGUAGGAAGCCAGGUAAGUCAGGUUGGGGAUCAAGAAGAACUGAUAGGUGGAAUUUUGAAGAUCUCUGGAAAAGUUCCUUUAUAUGAAGGAAGGGAAACUUCCCUAAUCCAUCCUCUGUAAGAUUUAAGUUGAUGAUUUAUUUUCUAAGAAUUGAUAAGUGAAUGGGACCUUGGCAUUACUUAAUUGGUGCUGAUGCUGUAAUUAAGUAUCAGCUUCAAAAGAUGGCCCAGGCUGAAGUUCUGGCCCUCAAUUUAGGUACCAAGAGGACUUGGAGCAAAUAUUCCUGACGAGGAACUUUUAUUUUAAACAUGAUUUUCUCUUCUAAUUGUUUGUGUAAUGCUUUUCUUAAUGACUCAAUCAGUAUUCCUACAGUUCUAAGUCCUGACUUUUUUGGGGGGUGUGGAGAGGGGCGUGUUCCUGGAUUAGGGAACAAAGAUCUGGUCUCUACUUGUAUUUAAAUGAUUAACUGUCUAUCAGUUCUUAACCUAACAUCAUCUUGCUAGUUUUGAAUCAGGUGUCUCACCAAGAAGCACAGCCGCUGUUUUGUUACAAAAUAUACUGUUCUCUAGAGGAAAAGUAUAAUGCUCCUGACCAUUUGAUUCCUACCACUGCUGCUUUAACACUAUGCUGAAAUACCCCAUUCCAUUUUCCUCUGAACUUAACACAGUGUUUAGUGUCUAGAAACCCCAAGUCAGGAUUUUUGGGUGCUACAUCUGUGCUGGUCAAAGCAUCGGUCCCAGUUAGCACCAGCUACUAAGACAGUUUCAUUGGCAAAUGCAUUUUCCUGACCUCUUCAGAAAUUCCUCAGAAAAGAUCAACGAAGUCUAGACAGCACCGAUCGGAAAAGCCUGUGAGGAAUUAGGUUUGGAGAUGUGGGAAACUAGUCCCUUGGAGUUUACUCUUUCCCCUGUAUUAGAUUAUAGGAUGCACAGAAGGAUAUCAGGAUGGUUUGCAAUGUUUUCAACUGACCAAGCACCAGAGUACAUGCCUUAUUUUUGUCUGUCCAUUCAUCCUCUCCUUACUACCGGUGUACAUUCUUAAGUCAUUUGGCCUGGUGCAAUUAUGUAUUUUACUAGACCCUGGCAGUUGUGAGCAAGAGUUACAAAUACAAAGCCUGAGCCUGCCCUCACCAUCAUCUUUUACCCUUUAUUUUUCCACUUUGCCUGCUUCAUCAGUGUCUGUAUACCUGUAUACACAGAACUGAAAUACUGGAAAUAGUUUUGGAGAGAGCCAAGAAUUUGGCCUUUUUAUUUUGAACAUUGAAUUUAUGUAUGCAUGAUGUAUUAAAAACUUUUUUUGUAAAGCAGUUUUAAAAAGUU